AUGAUGCUCAUCAUCGAGUUUAUGUUCAUCGAUCUGAGGAAGCAAAACAACAGGAUAACAACAGGAUCUACUAGAGGUGAAGCCAAUCUGUUGAUAACUCGAGGAUUAGUCGGAAGAUUAUCCAAUACUCCCAAUGUUGGAUUUGCUUAUGAAAUUCAAGGAGUAACUGAAUUUCUUACAUCUCGAGGAGUCAAAGCCAUCCCAGGAGAACAAGUUCCCACUGAUGUCUUACGAGGUCGUAAUUGGAUUAUAAGACCACCAGCCAGAAGGAUACAUCCUCAACAGCCAACAACUGCUGUCUCUCGAAAUUUGCCGGGAGGAAAUUUUAGCUUGCGAUUCGGAGAUUAUGUAGCGGCUCAACGUGCAGACCCAGUUCAUUAUGAUUCAAAUGAUAAUGAAACCAUGCAAUCUGACGAUGACACUCAUUCUAUUCAGAAUGAAUCCCGUAAUCGGCAAGAAACACUGUUAUUCUUUGAAGAGCAACCAAAUGUCUUCAAAGAGACUUUGGAACAAGCCAGCACUCGAUAUGCAGAGUUUCAACGGCGAACGGAAGGUGGUGAAAGGAGGAGAUCAUCCAAAUCACAUCCGGAACCGGAAACCGAUUCUGAUGCUGAAUCAUCCUAUCCUCCUCCACAACGGUCUAGACGACAGAAGCAGAAGGACAAGAAAAAGGAAAAACUUUGUCGAACCUGCUAUCCUAUGAGUGAAUAUGAAGGAUUUGAUGCUGUUCAAUUCAUCAAAAUGUUACCACAAGCGACCAGGCCAACUCGAGCAACUGAUGGAGCUGUAGGCUAUGAUUUAACAUCAAUAGCCAUGUAUGUUAUCCCAGCUCAAGGAAGAAUGUUAAUUUCCACUGGUAUAGCCAUGGAAAUACCCUGUGGACUUUAUGGUCGAAUUGCCCCAAGAUCUGGGCUUGCUUUAAUACAUGGGAUAGAUGUCGGCGCAGGAGUGAUUGACCCUGAUUAUAGAGGAGAAGUUAAGGUGCUCCUUUUUAAUCACAAUCAGGAGGAAUUCAUAGUUCGUGCCGGUGACAGAAUUGCUCAGAUUAUUUUCGAGAAGGUUUCUUUACCAAGGAUGGUGGAGAAAGAUGCUCGCAAUCUAUGUGACAUUCGGAAUGAUGACAGGAAUGAUGCUCGCAACUGGAGGAGCACUGAAGGAUUUGGAAGCACAGGGAGAGCUGCUUUGGAGUAUAGACGUGAAGACUCAGACUCUGACUCUACGCUCAAUGUUAUCGCUAUGAUGGAGGAAGAAGCAGAAACAGAAUACCCGCAGAUCACGAAGUUGAAGGCUUUGAUCGCAAAAAGACAACAACAACAGCCUCAGUAUCUGUUAUCCUCAUCAUCAGCCGUAACCUCUCAUUAUAAUCCUCCACAGGAUUCAAUGAUGGGACCUCCAGGCUAUCCACCAGCCACAGGACAUGGUCCUUCCAUUAACAUUCCUGAAAGACCUUCUUAUACAGGAGGACGAUCGAAUUUCCGACGAGGAGCUAAAGACGAAAUGUGGAACUUACCAUCCGCAAUGCACCAUACAGGAGCUAUGUUUGUCAUUCCACAAUCUCUUGGAAGAUUUGAUGAUGCUUUCAUGAGAUGGGAAUCGAUCACAAGGUCAUAUGUUGCUUCUCAAGGAUUUACAGAUGUUCGAGAUAAACUCCU